AUGCUGUCCAAAGUUUUAAAUACCUUUUCCAGGCGUGCUCCUUUCAGACAGAUGAGUUCAGGGCCUUCAUCAGAGCCUAACUUCUUAGAGAUGGUUAACAUGUACUUCGAUAAGGCUGCAAAACAUACAGAUAUCAAGCCAGAAGUUCUCGAAUUGAUUAAAACAUGUGACACAGUCCUACGUGUAACCCUUCCCCUUAAAAGAGAUGAUGGAUCAAUUAAAUACUACAAAGCUUAUAGAGCCCAGCAUUCUCAUCACAGGCUUCCUUGUAAAGGAGGCACCAGAUAUGCUCUGGACGUUGAUCUCAACGAAGUUGAAGCUUUAUCUUUCUUGAUGACUCUCAAAUGUGCAUGUGUCAACUUGCCUUUUGGAGGUGGAAAAGGAGGCAUUACUGUGGAUCCGAAGACACUGUCACUUGGAGAAAGAGAAAGACUGACCAGACGUUAUGCACUUGAAUUGAGCAAAAAAGGAUUUUUAAGCCCUGCUGCUGAUGUUCCUGGACCUGAUCUAGGCACUGGCGAGCUUGAAAUGGCCUGGAUGAUGGAUACUUAUAAAUCGCUGAACCCUACAAAUCUCAAUGCAGUCGCGUGCACGACUGGAAAGCCAUUAGAAAUGGGAGGAAUUCCUGGCAGAGCUGAAUCAACUGGUCUUGGGUUAUAUUAUGCGUUAAGGGAAUUUUUGAAAGACAAGAAAUACACUGAUAAGGUUGAGCUGCCUACUGGAAUUAAUGGGAAAAAAGUAUAUAUUUACCAAUUGAAUGCAAAUAAUUUGAAAUCAUAUUUUUUAAUAAAAUAUUUACUAUAAAUUGCAUAAUUGUUCAAGGUUUUGGUAACGUCGGCUAUUGGGCUUGCCACUUCCUCCAAAAAGAUGGUGCAAAAAUUCUUGGAGUAAUUGAGCCAAGUGGAUCUGUUUUCAAUGAAAACGGAAUUGAUGUUGAUGAUCUCAAAGCUUUUAUGAUCCAGCACAGAACGCUUAAAGGCUAUCCAAAAGCUGAAUUAGUAGAAGACGGCCAAGAAGUUUUCACAAGAAAAACUGACAUCAUAAUACCAGCUGCUGUUGAAAGAUCAGUCCAUGGUGGCAAUGCCCCUAACUUCCAAUGCAAAAUUUUAGCUGAAGGAGCAAAUGGACCAACCACUCCUAAAGGAGAAGAAGCUUUAGAAAAGAAAGGUGUUCUAGUUCUCCCAGACUUAUUGAUGAACGCUGGUGGAGUCUUAAAUUUAAACUUGCUAUAGAUUUGCUUCUACCUAUUGAUAGCUCAGUCGCCAAGGUUCCCCUAGAGAAUUCAAUGCUUUACUAGGUUUCCAGGAGAACUUGCUCAAGAUUUGCUUGGCAAGUUAGCUCGAACACCAUUUUCCUCUUUUUCAUUGCCUGAUACUAUGCGCCUGUGAUAUAGGGCUCUGUAUCUCCGUCUCCUCCUUGCCUUCUCAGCUCCAGUUUUGAGCGGCAGGAUAUGGAUUUCUGCUGUAUGCUGCUUGGGCUGAACGAAGGUUGCCCAGAUAAUCCCAAAAAAUUGAAUUUCUGGUCGACUAUCGGCAGAAAGGAAAAUACGAAGCCAGGGGGUGCACUCUCGGUCUCGUACUAGGGAAUUGCUCGAUAGUGUAGAUAUUGGCUGUAGUCUUGGCUGAGCUUCCCCUUUCCAACUCCAUACCUUCUUUUACUUGACUCCCCCUUUAAAUUGGAACCAAAUAUCGGUAAAUUGCCAAUUUUUGGUAAAUUAAACCCCUUUAAACGAAAAAAAUUUAAUUUUUUUCAAUGAAAAUUUUAUAGAUGAAAAUAUGUUUUUUAUAUAAAAAGCUUUGACCUUAUUUAAUGAGGGAGUUCAAAUUUUUUAUUUUUAAAACACACAAAAAUUUUUACCGUUAAAAUUUUAUAUUAAUUUUUUGAAAAAAUUUGUUCCAACUUAAUGGGGAGGGGAGAGAGGUAUAUCCAGUCCUGGAAGUGGACUAGGGCUAGGCUCUGCACAUUGCCAGAAUUGCUUAACUAGCAUAGCUGCCCACUCUAGGUUGAUAGAACCUUGUCGGUAUGAUUAAAUAUGUGCUCCUGCUCUGUAACUUCCUUUUCCUCGAGAUAAUUCAAUAGCUUUUUAAAUUGCCAGAAUUGCUUACCCAGUAUAGCUCUCAAUUUCUGGGCUAACAAAACCAUAUGAGUUCGAGGCUGUAUGCCAAAACGCCAUAUUUAAUUGCCAACUCUGGUGGUGUUACUGUAUCAUUCUUUGAAUAUGUCAAAAACUUAGGACAUAUUAAGCCUGGCCUUUUAACAAAGAGAUGGCAAGGCAAAAGAAAUAGAAGCAUCAUUGAGGCCAUUGCAACAUUAAAAGGAAUUUCACAAGUAGAACUUGAAGCAAAAAGUGCUGAUUGGAAGAAAUUAGCUGAAGGAGCAAGCGAGCUUGAUCUAGUGUACUCAGGCUUGGAACAAAUUAUGAGUGAAGCUGUCCAUGAAACUAAAGAAACUAGUGAAAGACUUGGAGUGAACUUGAGAAUCGCAGCCUAUGUAAACUCUCUUCAAAGAAUUGAUGAUGCAACUCUCAAAGGAACAAUAGGACUCUAA